CGCAGCGGCAGCAGCAGCACCGGCGGCGGUGGCGGCGGCGGCUUAUUUAUCAUCGGGGCAGCCGAGGGAAGCGAAACGAACCCGAGGGGGGAGGACGCAAGGAAGGAGAGGAAGGAUUUAUACGUCCAACAUCCAAGCAUGGCUACCCAAAGCACGGCAUCGUGCACUGGAUCCGCUCUGCUGCAGCCCAUCAGCGACAUUAUCAACCUCCCUCUCGACCAGGUUAACUUUGUGGCAUGCCAGUUGUUUGCGCUGCUCAUGGCCGUGUGGUUCCGUCUCUACCUCCACCCGAGUAAGACCAGUCCCUUCGUCAGACAUGUUGUGGCCACUCUGCUGGGCUUCUACUUGGCUCUCUUCUGCUUUGGCUGGUAUUCCCUUCAUUUCCUGGUGCAGAGCGGUUUGUCCUACAGCGUGAUCGUCUUUGCCGGCCUGGAGCGCAUGCACAAGUACUGCUUCAUCGUGACGCUUGGCUAUUUGAUCGUGUGUCAGAUCACGCGUGUCUACGUGUUUGAUUACGGCAUGUACUCUGCGGAUUUUACCGGGCCCAUGAUGGUGAUAACGCAGAAGAUUACAAGCCUGGCAUUUGAAAUACAUGACGGUUUGACCAAGCGAGAAGGACAGCUGACUCCAGGUCAGAAAUACCUUGCAAUCAGGCGGAUCCCCAGCCUGCUGGAGUACCUCAGCUACAACUGCAACUUCAUGGGCAUCCUGGCGGGACCCACCUGCGCCUACAACGACUACAUGGCUUUCAUCGAGGGCACGUGCUACGAACCACGUUACCAGGAGAACGCCAACGGAAAAGAGAACGGCAAGCUGAAGCAGAGUGAACCAUCCCCCAAGGAUGAUGUCAUCUCCAAGCUGUGUACAUGCGCCAUCUCUCUGGCCAUCUACUUAUCACUGUGUAAGCUGAUCCCAGUGGAGCGCGCCAUAGAUGAAGACUUCAUAAACAACACACCGUUCCACCUACAAGUGGUCUACCUUUACCUGGCCAUGCUGGCGCUUAGACCCAAGUACUACUUUGUCUGGACACUCGCUGAUGCCAUCAACAAUGCAGCAGGGUUCGGCUUCAAUGGCUACAACAAAAAUGGCUCCCCGCGGUGGGACCUUAUUUCCAACCUCAGAAUUCUGGACAUUGAGUUUGCCACCAGUUUCAAGCUUUUCCUUGACAACUGGAACAUCCAAACAUCUCUUUGGCUCAAAAGGGUGUGUUACGAGCGCUGUCCCGUCAACGCCACUGCCGCCACCUUCCUGCUGUCAGCAAUGUGGCACGGCGUGUACCCGGGCUACUACCUGACAUUCCUCAGUGGCAUUGGCAUGACCAUGGCGGCACGUGCAGUAAGGCACAACGUCAGACCUUACUUCCAGGUUUCUGACACAUACAAGCGCAUCUAUGAUGUCAUCACGUGGGCAUGGACUCAAGUUGCCAUCAGUUACACGGUGGUGCCAUUUGUCCUACUGGCCGUGGGGCCCUCGCUCAAGUUCUACAGGUCCUGGUACUUCUGCUUACACAUUCUAUGUCUUCUGGUGGUCCUGGCCCUGCCGGUCCGAUCGCGACGUCGCGACGCCAAGGGUCGACAGGAGAGCCCGGAGAAAGACGGCGGCGCCACAAACAACUGCAGCCCGAAAGACAAAACAACAUGAGGCUCGGCAGAAGCAUUAGUGAGACAAACUGGGGACCACUGAGAGCUGAAGUCUGUUUACGGACCAGGAACCAAAUAUUGGAUGUGCUUGGACAGAAUCUGACGAUACUUCCAGUAGCAAGAAGGACAGCGGUGGUUGCAUUACAUUUUACUCGUGGAAAAUGGAGAUAAACUGAAUUCCAAGCUGCCUUAAACCCUCUAUGUAUGGCAGGUGAAACACCAACACGUUUGGAUGACACUUGUACAAAGAGUACAUGUACAGUCAGUAUGUGGAGGGUUUUUGUCAUUGUCUGGAUACAAGCCUCUGUUGGGUGGAAACAUAACAUUUAUCAUCAGCUGCCAACUUUCAAACAGGCCUUAGGAUCCUCAAAAUAUUGAUUUCAUUCAACGGGGAGUUGACAUUAAUAAUGUGUUUUGUAUUUCGUUGUCUGUCACGACACUAUCCCCGACGCUUUCUUUCGCAGAGAUUCGAAUGAGUAGAGAAGUCCCAAAGAAGAAACCAGAUCUCAUCUGUCUGCAGCGGUGGAAAAGUCUCGCCCAAUGGCUUUUCUUUU